UAUCACUGGUACUCAACCCCAUCAUCCAAUCUCAUCCACGAAAUACAAACACAGAAAGAUUGUAGAUAAGUCGGAAGGUGAAGCCAUGGACUGUUUCUGAAACAAGGUCAUGGCUGCUUCAUCAACUGUAUUAUCAUCAUCUUUGCUUCUUCAUGGCAGAAAUUUUGGUAAUCAUUCUCAACACCAGAAACUUCUCUUCCUCCAAAAUCACAAGAGACGACUUUCCUUCAGAGUCCAGGCCGCCAAACCCCCUGCUGGUGUUGAAUUCCCAAAAGUAGAGCCACAAUUUAGAGCCCCUUUUCUGGGAUUCACGAAGACGGCAGAGAUAUGGAACUCCAGAGCUUGCAUGAUUGGAAUAAUUGGAGUUUUCAUCGUAGAACUGAUACUGAACAAGGGAAUACUUCAAGUGAUUGGAGUUGAUGUUGGGAAAGGUCUUGAUCUUCCUCUCUGAGCCUCUCUGAGCAUGCACACAUAACUUUCGCCAUACUCUUACUAUUUGCUUAAAUUUCUUCUUGGUUCAAUCUUGGAACUUUACUCAGCCAAUUAUGUAAAUUGCAUAAUUUUUAUUUUUAUUUUUUAUGGGGGUGGGGUUUACUAAAUCUUUCUCGAGCUGUGGCUGAUCUCCACUGUUAACUAUUGUCAAAACUCCAUGAAUAUCACCUUUAGUCAUAUAGUUAAUUAGUUAUAUAUGACC